CCGGCGGCUGCCAUGUCUGCACUCGUCACCGCCGCCGGGUGGGCUGUGGCCCGCGGCGCUUGAGGGGCCGGGCUGCAGUCGCGCGGCUCAAGUUAAGGAAAAGCUCUACCUUGCCUCCUCUGUAAGCAGCAUCUCCUGUGGGAAAGAUCCGACAUGCAGCCGCCACCCCAGGCAAUCCCAUCUAGCAUGGCUGGUCCCCCUCCGGCCGGGAAUCCUCGGAGCAUGUUUUGGGGUGGCAACAGUCCUUACCGGAGGCCAGCCAGUAAUAAUGCACCAGUAGCUCCGAUAACUUGCCCAUUGCCGCCAGUAACAGAUCCAUUUGCUUUUAAUAGACAGACGCGCCAACACACACCUUUGGGCAGUUCGUCCAAGAGCAGCCUGCCUGCUUUGCAUGGCUCAGCCUUCCCAGUGUGUUCUCAGUGGUCUGGUUUGCCUGCACCUCACACAAAUGCUGGGGAUAGCUCCCAAGGACCCCAUGAGUCUCUGCCAGGACCUAUGUCACACCCGAGAACAGAUGCCAGUCCGUUUCCUACUGCAUCCAUCCCUUCAUUGCUGCCUGGAUCUGAGAUGAGUAGGAGCACUGAGGUCAGUUCUGUCUCGGGGCCUGAAAUUCAAAAUCCACCAUAUCCUCUUCACUACAUUCCAGGAGUGGGUCCUGACCCAUCUCAUGGGAGACAUCUGCCUGAGAGUGGGCCUGGGCCCGACAGACCUCUGAAUAGACACACCCCACAUGACGGUGUAGCAGCCCCAUCAGCAUCUUCCUUCUUCUCCCAGCCUAGUCAACAGAUGCCAGGUCAGUGGGCGCCAGCGCCGGGAGACUCACAGACUCCCCGGCAUCACUGUUUGCCCUCCCCAGAGGGACUUGUUCAGAGUGUGGGACCCCAGGCCACCAGCAAUUCCCAUUUCCCCUCUCCGUCCACGGUGUGUCCCCCAGCACCCUCGGCUGGGGGCGAAGGGAAUGAGGUGGCUCACCUGCGAAGUGGAACACACUUUCUCCCUCAGCAUACAUCCAGGCAAAAUCCCAGAAUCGGAAGUCCGUGGGCAAGCCAAGAGUUCAUGCAAAAUCCAGAAGUAAAUAAGCAUUUGCUAGACCCUGCCCUUGUGAAUCUGCUCACUCAGGGAAAUAGCCCAGAAAACCAGGUGCACUAUCCCUUGGGGACUGGGACUAGCCGGGCUCCACUAGAAGCAUCCUCAGGAUCUCUCUCAAUGUUUUUCCAAGGAGAGGAGGCAGAAAAUGAGGAGAAUCUCUCAUCCGAAAAAGCAAGCUUUGCUGGCAGAAUGGACUUGGAUAGUUUCUCCUCUAGUCCUGGACUGGGCCAUCCGCUCCCGCCCGCACACGGAGCUGGUGGUAUCUACCAGGCCUUUCUCAAGGGCUCCAACAGUGAGACUGCACUGCAGGAAGUUGGUGCACAGCCUUAUUUUUCUCCGUCUACCGGCAUUCAGCAUGAUAAGCAAACUGCUAGAAACGUUGCUGGUGAUAUGUGGGGUGAUGCAGCAAGCACUGGGACUCUCAGUGCUCAUGGCUCACAGUAUGAGAACGUGGAAAACUUAGAGUUUGUUCAAAAUCAGGAGGUUCUGCCAAGUGAGCCCCUGAGUUUGGACUCUUCCUCUUCGAAUGAACAUUUCCGAUACGGAGCCCCUCCUGGGCCAGGUGCCCCCAGGCCUAGUGCUGUGGGUCUCACCAGAGGUGGGGGACUGCAUCUCGAGGCCCCUGAAGUGCCACUGCACCCUGCACGGUCUGACAGUGUGUCAUCCAGCUACAGCGGCCACAGCCACAGGAGUCCUCCAGGGUCAACCCGGCCCCAAGAAUUGGGGAGCACGUUUAUUCAGCAGGAAAUCGGAAAACCCGAAGAUGAUUCUUCAGGCAGUUUUUUUAAACAAAUUGACUCUUCUCCAGUGGGAGGGGAGACAGAUGAGACUACCGGGAGCCAGAAUUACCGCAGCAACCUGUCUCAGCCCUCAACUCCAAGUCCUCCCAAACCUACAGGGAUAUUUCAGACAAGCGCAAAUAGUUCUUUUGAACCAGUAAAAUCUCACUUAGUUGGGGUAAAACCAGUCGAGGCAGAUCGUGCCAACAUGGUGGUUGAAGUGAGGGGAACCCGUGACCAGCAGAAGAAGCGCAGAGCAGCUGCCAGGAUGCCUGAUGCCUCUCCAGGUAACCUGGAGCAGCCACCAGACAACAUGGAGACCCUCACUGCACCCCAGGCCUGCCCCCUGCCGCCACAUACCACCACUGCAGAAGCUGGACACACACUUCCACAUACAGGGCCACCAUUGGAUACUAUGCGCCCAACACCUGAGAAGAGGCCCUCAGUCAGGACACAGGGAGCCGUGAAGUGUGAAAGCCCAGCAACAACUCUGUGGGCACAAAAUGAACUGCCAGAUUUUGGUGGCAACGUCCUGUUAGCCCCAGCUGCCCCUGCGCUGUACGUGCCUGCAAAACCUCAGCCGCCAGAAGUUGUUCAGCCUCUGGCAAAGGGAGUGUCUGGGCAGCAGCUGCGGAAGCCAGGUGCUGCCCCACCUCUGCAGAACCAAGAUGGCCUUGGUGCUUCGGAAAACCUUGAGAACCCCCCAGAGGUGGGCGAAGAGGAGGCCCUUCCAUCGCAGGCCAGUUCUGGUUAUGCAAGUUUGCUGUCUUCACCACCGACCGAAUCUUUGCAGAAUCAACCCAUUCUGAUUGCCCAGCCUGACCAAAGCUAUAAUUUGGCUCAGCCUGUUCAUUUUUCUGUGUCUUUAGUGAGUCCUAACGAGAAGACUCAGUCUUGGGGAGAUGCCAUAGUGGGGGAUAAUGCCAAAGGGAGUAACAGCCAGCCUCCUGCUGGUGAUUCUGGAGACCGUGCUGCAGUAUCUGGUGUCCCAGCUAAUACUGCCACUGGCUUGUCUCUGUCUAACAGUACUGCCCCCAGCAGUGUGCCUCGUGGUUCUGGGUCUUCUGAAAUGGUUUCUAGCCAGCCUGCCUGUUUGUUGGCUCAGUCACUGUCCUAUCCGGUUCCAAAGACUCCUCUUGCAGAAAGUCAGAAUCACAGUGCAGCAGGAGUUCCUCCUGAGUUUAAUAGCUUUGCUGGAAGCACAGGUGUGACCUUAGUCCCGCCUGCAAGCAGUACAUUGGUACCUAGUAAUAAUGAGAAGGCAGAUCAGUGCACUAACCGUGAAGAAACAGUUGGAGCCCUAGACUUCACUCUAAACAGAACUUUGGAAAAUUCUGGAAGAAUGUAUAGCUCAUCCUUUUCAGACUGCCCAGCUUCUCAGCAAACAGUUGCCAAUCAUCCCAGACAAUCUGGGCCUGGAACGCAUAAUGCAGACCAUUUCUAUCAGCAGGUGACUAAAGAUGCACAGGACCAGCGUGGUGUGGGAAAAGCCCAGCCAGAGCUUGUCCCUCCUCAGCCACAGACUUCUCCCCAGGUGCCCCAGGCACCAUGUUCAGAACCUUCCAAUACAGAAAGUUCAUCCGCACAGGGACGGUCCCAAAGCUCAGCCCAGCCAUCAAGUCCAGCUCCAGCUGACACAGGCCAGCAGCUGCUGCCUCCGCCACCUCAGUCCUCCAGUGCAUCGGCUGUGUCCACCAGCUCAAGCCAGGCAGCCCCACGAUCAGAGCAGCCCUGGCUGCACCCACCACCUCCAAAUGCAUUUGGCCCACCACCUGCAGACCUGGCAUCCCACUACUAUUACAGACCGUUGUACGAUGCCUACCAGUCCCAGUACCCCUCACUCUAUCUAUCUGAUCCUGGGACAGCCUCCCUGUAUUACCAGGACGUCUACGCCCUGUAUGAUCCUCGAUACAGGCCCUAUGACAGCUCAGCCUCCGCUUACACAGAGAACUACCGCUACCCAGAUCCUGAGCGGCCCAGUUCCCGAGCAAGCCACUGCUCUGACCGGCCCACAGCCAGGCAAGGGUAUCCUGAAGGAUAUGGUAAUUCCAGGAGUGGGUGGAGCAGUCAGAGCGACUACUAUGCAAAUUAUUACUCCAGCCAGUAUGAUUAUGGAGACCCGGGUCGCUGGGAACGUUACCAUGGUUCCAGACUCAGAGAUACCCGUGUCUGGGACCGAAGGCCCUGGUAUGAUGCCGAGCCCGACCCAUACAGGAAGGAAACCUAUGCUUAUGGGGACAGGCUUGAAAAGUGUGAUGAUCACUGGAGAUAUGACCCUCGCUUCACGGGGAGCUUUGAUGAUGACACUGAGCCUCAUAAGGACCCUUAUGGGGAGGAGGUCGACCGACGCAGCGUCCACAGCGAGCACUCAGCUCGGAGCCUGCGCAGUGGGCAUAGUCUGCCCAGCCGCCGCAGCAGCCUCAGCUCACACUCACACCAGAGUCAGAUUUACAGAAGCCAAAACGUGACUACUGGUUCCUUUGAGGCCCCGCCUCCUUCUGGCUCAUUUCAUGGCGAUUAUGCCUAUGGCACCUAUGGCAGCAAUAUCGGCACUACCCAUGGCUUUCCAGAGUAUGGCUAUCCUGUUGACGGCACCUGGCCUGCCGUGGAGCAAGUUCCAUCAAGACCGACUUCUCCUGAGAAGUUUUCAGUGCCUCACAUCUGUGCCAGGUUUGGACCUGGUGGUCACCUCAUUAAGGUGGUUCCUAACCUGCCUUCGGAAGGACAGCCUGCACUGGUUGAGAUCCAUAGCUUGGAGACUUUACUGCAGCACACACCCGAGCAGGAGGAGAUGCGCUCCUUCCCCGGACCUCUCGGCAAAGACGACACCCAUAAAGUGGAUGUUAUUAAUUUUGCACAGAACAAAGCUACAAAAUGUUUGCAGAAUGAAAACUUGAUUGACAAAGAGUCUGCAAGUCUUCUAUGGAAUUUUAUUAUUCUGUUGUGCAGACAGAAUGGGACCGUGGUGGGGACCGACAUCGCAGAGCUAUUGUUACGAGAUCAUAGGACAGUGUGGCUUCCUGGGAAGUCACCCCACGAAGCCAACCUCAUAGACUUCACUAAUGAGGCUGUUGAACAAGCGGAGGAAGAGGAGUCCGGUGAAGCGCAGCUCUCAUUCCUCACCGACAGCCAGACAGCCACCAGCAGCAGCAUGCUUGAGAAGGAAACCGAACGGUUCCGAGAGCUUCUGCUCUAUGGCCGCAAGAAGGAUGCUUUGGAGUCUGCAAUGAAAAAUGGCUUGUGGGGUCACGCUCUGCUGCUUGCAAGUAAGAUGGACAGCCGGACACAUGCCCGUGUCAUGACCAGGUUUGCCAAUAGUCUUCCAAUCAAUGACCCUCUGCAGACAGUCUAUCAGCUCAUGUCCGGGCGGAUGCCUGCUGCAUCCACGUGUUGUGGAGAUGAGAAGUGGGGAGACUGGAGGCCACAUCUUGCUAUGGUGUUAUCCAACCUGAACAACAACAUGGAUGUGGAAUCCAGGACCAUGGCCACAAUGGGCGAUACGCUAGCCUCCAAAGGCCUUUUGGAUGCUGCACACUUCUGCUACCUGAUGGCUCAAGUUGGAUUUGGGGUUUACACGAAGAGAACCACAAAACUUGUCUUGAUAGGCUCAAAUCACAGUUUGCCAUUUUUGAAGUUUGCCACCAAUGAAGCCAUCCAGAGGACAGAGGCCUAUGAGUAUGCUCAGUCCCUUGGGGCCCAGACCUGCCUCUUACCUAAUUUCCAGGUGUUCAAAUUCAUCUAUUCUUGUCGCCUGGCUGAGAUGGGGCUUGCCACCCAGGCCUUCCACUACUGUGAAGUGAUCGCCAAGAGUAUCCUGGCGCAGCCUGCCGCUUUCUCCCCAGUGCUCGUCACCCAGCUGGUGCAGAUGGCUUCCCAGUUACGCCUCUUCGACCCUCAGCUCAAGGAGAAGCCGGAGGAGGAAUCCUUUGUGGAGCCUGCCUGGCUGGUACAACUGCGAUGUGUGGAGAGGCAGAUCCAGGAGGGGGCUGUGCUAUGGAACCAGGACGGAGCAGACCCCCAGCAGUGUCCCAGCACACCAAGCUCUGAGGUAGAGCAGUUGGAUGGUGCAGGAAUUGGCCAGCCAGCAGGACUGGGAGCUGACAAUCCCCUACUGAUGGGGAGCACGGAGCCCCUGAGCCAGGACGUGCAGCUGCUGCCCUCAGCUCCACAGACGCUCCCUGAUGACCAGCCAGCCCAUCCUGCCAGGGUGCCAAUGUUCCCUGUGUCGCUGUCCCGGGGCCCCCAGGAACUAGAUCCUGGCUAUGGAUCUCAAGGAUCUGCACUUGGCCUCCCAGAACAUGCCAGGCCUGAUGCUGCAGCUCCGCAUCUGGGAUUACCCCUGCCACCGGGGGCACUGCCACACCCAGAAAGUGGCCCCCUGCGCCAGGAGACCAGGAGCCUGGACCCAGGAGUGGCACCACAGGACUUGCCUGUCAGAAAUUCCCUUCCAGAGCUAAGUGAAGAGGAUUUUGGUGGAAAACUUGCUAAUUUGGGCACCUCAAGGACGGCGCAGGGCUUGGAGAACCCCCCGGUUUGGGAUUAUAACAGCUCAGCUUCAACACAGCCUGCUCCAGCUCUGACACCUACUCCUGAGGCAAAGAAACCUGCACAGGCAGUCAGAAAAGAAGUCAAGGAACCAAAGAAGAGUGAGUCCUGGUUCUCUCGCUGGCUUCCCGGGAAGAAAAGGACAGAAGCUUAUUUGCCAGAUGACAAGAACAAAUCAAUUGUUUGGGAUGAAAAGAAAAACCAGUGGGUAAAUCUGAAUGAGCCAGAAGAGGAGAAGAAGGCGCCACCCCCACCUCCAACAUCAUUUCCCAGGGCUCCACAGACAGCUCCUAUUGGGCCCCAAGGGCCUCCCACAGCCUCCGUGAACGUGUUUUCUAGAAAAGCAGGUGGGUCCAGGGCUCGCUACGUGGAUGUUCUGAACCCAAGUGGGACUCAGCGGAAUGAGCCAGCUCUUGCUCCCGCCGACCUCUUCGCUCCACUCGCCCCACUCCCAAUCCCUCCUAAUUUGUUAAUACCCAAUCCAGAUGCAGAAGAGCCACAGCUUGCAGACCGGGCUGGCAGCAGGGGACAGGCUCCAGCUGGGGCUCAGCCCAAGCCAGAACCCAGCCCAGAAGCCCAGGAGCUCAGCUCUUCAGCAUCAGCCCCUGGUCCUGAACUCACGCCCUCCAGACUGGAUGGUUCCCAGGGAGGAGAGCUCUCGCGCUGUAGCUCAAUGAGCUCGCUCUCACAGGAAGUGAGCCGGCAUUUUCAUCAGGCUACCGGUGACCACGGCCCUGCUGGGGCCCCUCCCAGUGGGGCAGUGCCCUUCUACAACCCUGCUCACCUAGCACAGGCCUCUGUCAACUCGGGGAAUUCAAGACUGGGAAGAAUUGGCCAGAGGAAAUACCCGGUGUUGAACUAGAAAUCACUCGUUUUGGAUUCUCAUUUGGAACCCCAAGAUGACUGUUUCCGCGACCUGCCUCGGGUCUGGAGGCCUCCCGUGGAUACAGCCGCAGCUCAGAGCCGGCCACACUGUGCGCCCCCUCCUUUCCGCCCAUGUGUGUGAAUUACUGCAAAACCAACUCCAUCCUCUCAGAUGCUGGAUAGAGUGAAUCUGACAAAAGAUCUUUCUCAUAAAAGAACAGUGUUCCUUUCUGAGUCACUUACGAUGACUUAAGAAUGGUGAUUCAGCCACUUGAGAGCCACAUGACGUGAGGCUGGGCAGGGCUGGACCACAGGCAAGUCCUGCUCCCUGUUCCUCCGCAACCAGGGCCUGCCUCCCUGAGACCUCCCUGAGAAGUAGUGCAGAUGAUUCCCAUUCCCAGGUUCUUCCAGGACAUUGAGAGAAGCAUGAGUGCUUGACCCAAGUGGGGGAGCCCCAGCCCCAGCACGUACCACGUUGGCAGCUCUCCCCUGUCUUAUGAGCUGGGAAGAGGUCACAGCCAAAGGAAGGGUGUGCUGGAGGGCGAGCAGUGGCCUUGGCUCACAUCCAGGAGGGAAGCCCUGGUUUCAGAGUCUCACUUCAGCUCUCUGUGGCCUGAUGAGGACUGGGCCCAGCUGCAGUGGCAGGCAUGCUGAAGCAGUGUGGAAACGGGGUUCCUGGCAGCUGGCCAGACUCCUCCCAGAGGAAGUAGCCAGGCUGCCCACCAUGAGGGGUACGUGUGCCCUCCAGCUCCUCAGCGCUCUUCUGAAGCAGACAUCCUCAGAGGAGUCGGGAGCACCUAUAAGGAGUGCUUGAAAGAUCUCCUGGAGAUGCUCUGGAACGUGACUUCUCGGCCCCUGAGUUAAUUCCCACGUGGGGACCUCCGGCAGCAACUCAGCCAUAUCGCCCUGCAGGAGAACCGCCUCUGCACUCAGAGCUUUAAGGCUUCACCGACUGUUCUUACGACUGCCCUCGCUGUUGAUCUAAAGAGGCCGAAAAAGAGAAAUAUUUAAAUAUUUAUAAAAAAUCAGUAGGUAAUAAUUUGGGUAGGUUCUGCUGGGGCAACAUAAGAGGUUUGUUUGGUCUUUAAAAUGUAAGUGUAGAAAUUGUAGAAUGUGGAAUUAGCACAGCCCUUGCCAGUUUUCUGGUUCACUUUAUCAUCUAGGAAAGAUCCCCCUCCUUCCAGAAUAGUUUCCAGAAUGUUCCAUAGACCAGUAUGCCUGGAUCCAUCCAUUCCCACCAGUCACUGAGAAAGGCCCCCACCCUCCACUCUCUAGUCCAGCCCUGCCCUGGCUCUGUCCACUGCCAACCACUUUGAUUCAAGAAGCUUCCUUGGAGGUGGGAGCUGCUAUUUUUCCUAAACGCAAAUAGUUAAAUAAAAUAUUUUGGGCU